AGUGAAGGUGACAGACAAGAAGUGCAUCGUAAACUCCACAUUGGCCAGCUCACCGAGGACAUUACGGCCGAUAUGCUGCGUGAUCACUUCUCACAAUUUGGACAUGUGAGUCUAACAGACCAACUUUCUUUACCCCCCUCUAUAAUUACGGAUGUAUUUGUGCCCCGUCCUUUCCGUUCCUUCGCUUUUAUAACAUUUGAAGACUCGGACGUUGCCGCCUCUUUACUGGGUCAGGAUCAGGUUAUAAAUGGACAAACCUUGACUGUUGGUUCCGCAGUCCCCAAAAUGCCCGCUUCCACCUUCAUGCAUCACGGUGGUCCAGGCGGGGCCGGUCUUGGGCAUGGGCAUCAGCAAUUGGGACAUGGGGGUCCUCAUGGUAAUCCCCACGGACCACCUGGAGGACCUGGCGGACAUGGAAGUAUGAUGCAUAAUAUGUAUCCCAUUAGUGCUGCCCACGGUGGACCUCAAGGAAUCCCUUGGAGUGGCUGGUCACAUCCAUUUGGAACCUUCGGUGCCUAUGGGGAAGAAACAAAUGGACCGCAAAGUCCUCGUACUCGAUAUAACGGUCCAUCCAUGAUGGCGGGAAUCAAUCCAUCAGCAGUAUCUACCGCAGCCGCACUCACGUCGCAGUACACCCGAGCUCAUCAGAACCAGGGUGGUGGCUACCUAAGACAAAGGUCAAAUGGUCAAACUGGUGGUGCAGCCACUCCCUACCAAAAUGAGGAUACCGCCAUAGCUACCCUGAACAUUCUGAACAACCCCACCGUGGUGGCAGCAAUUGUCAACGCAGCUAAGAAUGAGGCUCUUGCAAAUGGUGGUGCUGGUAGCACUCAAGGAGGAAAUAGUCGCAGCGCUUAA